AUGUUUCCUUCGACAUCUAAAGGAUCGCGGGCAACGGCCACCUCUCUUGCCACAGGUGGACGCACUUUGCACGCUGAACAGUCGGUAGGAGGCAAGCAUCUGAUUGAGAAGACAGAACGCAGAGGAAUAGUAACCGUUGGUGGUCCAGCACUACCUGCUCGACGCUCAGAUGUCUUCAAUCAAGCAGAGUAUGAGGCUCUUUCUCCCGAAUCACCUGUGGUCAUAACCCCUGAACCGCUCUCGGACGAGCCGGAGUGGUGGCGAAAAGAUGAAACGCAAUUCAAAACUCGCACUUCGAGCACAGCUGCAGUUCCCGCUAUGAUGAGCACAGUUUUCAACCGCCAAGCUGAUGACCCGAGUACUUCUACGAGAGUUGAGGUGCGGACCUCCGAAGAAAGCAAGUAUACGUCUGCUCGGAUGGAAGAGUCGUAUGCAACGCAGAAGCCUUCCUCUUCUGGACGUGCGGAUAUGAAAAAAUCACUAGUAAGACGUCAUGGAUCAGGCACGGUUCCCCACCAUGGUGAAACAUUGUUGAAUUCGGAUGUCGAAGGGUGUGAGCCAAGCACGAGUAACUCGGACGUGAUCAUGAAGAGGACUUUGAAGAAAUCCAAGAAAUAUCUUAGCUCAGAUUCCUCAUCGGAAUCGGAUAAAGAUCAACCUCCUUCAGCUGCUCGCUUGCAUUCAUCAGACGCGCGGAGAUCACUUUCACCUCACAGUUUCCGAUCCGUCUCUCCUCGCUCCACAAAGAAAAAGCUGAAAAAGGGCUCAUUGGUGGUGAAACACGUGAAGGAAGCUGUCAUUAAAUCAGGUCUAUCCAAAAUGGAUCUUUCUCGAGAAUUACUUGCAAAGCAAAUCUCUGAAAUUAUUGAGGAAGAGCGAUGUAAGUUACCCCCAGAAGAAGCGAAGCAACUCAAGAGACCACUUUCUCCCGCGACGCUGGAUGUUGUCAUCCAAGACCUAAUGCAGCACCAUAUUUCUGAGGAUAGCAGCCCCAAUCGGGAGUUGUUCGCAUCAAAACUACUUGGAACGGAUCUCUUUUCUAAGCUGUUUUUUCGCGCAGGAAAAUGUGUGUUCAAACACUAUGAAGAAAUGGAUGACAUGAGUAAGAAAGACAAAGGAAAAAGCUCUAGUCAGCGACGCAAGUUAGCUGGAUCACGAAAGAGAGACACCGAGUUGCUAAGAGGCAUCAGAAAAUCUCGUGAAAUCCAAAAACAUAGGGAUGCGGUCAAAGCUGCAAGGGAGCCGACAGAAGCAGAAAAGGCUGCAGCUGCUGAAAGGGCGAAGUUGGAAGCCAUGCCGUGGUUGGCACGAGCAACCUUUAAACCUAUAGUUCAGCAAGGAUCCUCUUCAAGAUUCGUCAUUCCGAAGAAAUCGUCGGCAGUUGGAACUGGUCGACAAGACUUCUCCCGCGAUUCUUCCAAAUUGUCACGUCAUAGCGACAGUGAUGCCAAAUACCAUCCCGAUAAAGGAAGAGAAUCAUCCCAGAAAUCAUCACUAAAUAUCGAAAAGACUGAAGUCAUGAAAAGUAGUCGAUCGGCAGAAGGUCUUGACAAAGAGCGAGCGACGAUCUUUAGGGAGCAGAGGUCACCAAAUAAACCGGAAGAAGUUGCAGUUGCGUUCUCCUUUGCAGUAAUUCCAAAGUCUGGGUUACACAAGGCCAAGGUCAAACAUAUAUGGCCAUUAAAAAGAUGGAGAUCCGCAGCAAUAUCCUUAGAAGAACCUGUUGAUUUCUCUUCACAUCACUUUGUUGAGGAACGCGAGUUUGUCACACAUAGCUCUGCAAGCGGAGGCAGUCAUGUCCAUGAAGAUGUUGCCGAUAGCAGAAGCAGGUUCGAACGCAAGAUUGAAGAAAAAUCCAAGCCGAUUCACACAGAGCCCAGUGUUCCACUCACUAAGGCAGAAUGCGCUUCUGCAACUGAGGCAGAAUUAGCAGCGCUUGCUCUCCAGGAGGAGUUGUUCAGGAGUGAGCAAGUUUCUCCAGAUGACCAGUUUGAUGCAUUACGUUAUUUGGCUGCUAUGCCAGAGUCAGAAUUCCAAGUCGGUAGCGACGCUGUCGAAGCCUCAACUUCAAAUGUAACGCAAAUUGAAGUCCUUCCAUCCAAGACAGAAGCCCCUGCGAGCAUUGCUGUUCCACCCAAACUUUUUUCUCCGGCAAGAUCACGUGACGAUCAGUUUGAGCAGGUAGACUGGACGAGAAUUGAGCCGGUGCCGCAGCCAUUUUUCGCAGCUGACUUCGACACAGAUCCUUGGCGCCUUCCACUUCCCACAACUGAGCCACUUACGCCUAAGCAUGUUUUGGAAAGUCCUCAGACAGCGACGGUGGUGUCGUCGUCCUCCCUUUACUCGACUCUUCAGGAAGAACUAGAUAUAAUCGUUAGAGACACACUGGGAGACACUGCAUACGAUCGCACAAUUCCGAGCUCUCAUGAGACUGCGCAACCCAAAUCGGAAAGAUUUGAAUGGCCGAAAGCUACUGUACCUGUACGUAGUUACGCUUUGGAUGUAAUUCUUCCAAAAUUUUCAUGCGACAAGUCUAGAAUUCCUAUUAUCGACAUGUGCCGUUGUGAACGCUGUCGCACCAGAUGCGCAUACUUCUGCGAUGAAGAAGAGUGGAAAUAUCUGUACGAUCGUGCCGUUCUACAGCGUAAUAGGCAGGGAUCUAUCGAGCGAAAUGAGGAGAAUCUUACUGAAGAAGAGUGUUCCACAUCGUUCUCAAUGAAGAAAUCAGCUGCAGAGCGGUCAGAGACCACUUCCAACAAAUCAAACCAGAAUACGCAUCGUGAAGAAAAGGUCAUCUCAGUGGCAGGGUACUUUCGCAAGGAUCCAGAUAGUCGUAUGAAUUGCUUAGAGACAGUUUGCGAACGUAUAACUGAACAACAAAGCGCC